AUGAAAUCUGAGGGGUUAGGUUCGUCGAAAACAUCUUUAGCUACGGCAAUAGAGUUACCUCAAAUUGAAGCUGUGAAAGUUGCUGAGAUUGUUGAAACUACUAGUACUGAGUCGCUGACAUCAUCGAUGGAGCAUGAUUACCUUCGACCCAACUUUACUCUACGUCUUAAACCAACAGUUGUCGUCAAUGAUGGUGAAAAGCUUAAAUUGGAAGUACGCUUUAUUGCCCAACCAGA